AAUAUAUGCGUUUACUCAUGUGAUAAAUUAGAACUUUAGUGUAGAUCUAAUACAAAAGAGAAAGAAAUGAGGUUUCACAUAUUGACCAUGCUAGCAAAUGUCUUGAUCAUUGCACAGCCAGGAUGUGGUGUGAAAGUCGUAGUCAACACAUCUGUUCAAGUCGGACCACUAAAGCAUUUCUGGGAGUCUACUGGGUUUUGUCCACCUCUUCCUCAUGAGGAUGCUUAUAAAUUUGACCUUAGUCCGGACAUGGUGCAGAAUAUAGCGCUGAUUGGCACAGUGCCGCAUAGUGGUAUCAAGCAAGUUCGGAUCCACUGGUUGUUUGAUCUUGUUAACGUCAUCAGCAGUGAGCCAUUUAAACCCCCUGUGUACAAUUUCACCUAUCUUGACAAUCUGAUAGAUAUACUGUACAAUAAUGGACUCCAACCUGGGUUUGAACUGAUGGGUAAUCCAUCUAAUAUGUUCACAAACUUUGAAGAUAAAGCCAUGUUGAUGAACUGGAAAAGUCUUGUUACCCAGACAGCACAAAGAUAUGUAGACCAGUAUGGACUAAGCUCUGUGAUGGACUGGAACUUUGAGACUUGGAAUGAACCUGAUUGUCAUGACUUUGAUGCUGUUAAUAUGACUGUGCAAGGUUUUCUGAACUACUAUGAUGCAUGCUCAGAAGGCUUGAGGGCCGUGUCUGAAUCCCUUCGGUUCGGAGGCCCCGGAGAUGCAUGUAAAAGGUCCAAAUACUCUGAUGCGUUACUAGAUCAUGUGGUGAAUGGAAUUAAUUAUUUCACUGGAGAAAAGGGAGUCCGGAUUGACUUCAUAUCAUUCCAUAGAAAGGGCAGUGGGUCAUCUCAGAAGAUAUUAGAUGAUGAAAUAACUUUAAUGGAAGACAUUGCCAAGAGAUAUCCUUCCCUAGCCAGCAAACCAUUCUAUAAUGAUGAAGCUGAUCCAUUAGUAGGGUGGUCAAAAGAUGAAGAAUGGAGGGCUGAUAAUACAUAUGCUGCCAUGGUUGCUAAGAUAAUAGUUCAACAUCAGAAACAGUUCAUUUCCAAUCAAUCACCUGCAAUCAAGAACUACACGUUGCUAAGCAAUGACAAUGGCUUCCUGAGCUGGUACCCGCAUCAAUUUAGUCAGCGUACUUUGUUGGCACGGUUUCAAAUUAAUACAACCAACCCUCCUCAUACACAUUUCUUUCAGAAACCUGUGUUCUCAGCAAUGGGUUUGUUAUCUGUCCUCGGAGAAAAACAGCUACAAACAACUGUAUCAGAUGACAGUGGUAAACAAAUAUCAGAUGCUUCAGAACUAGGUGUUUUAUCAAGUGUACAUUAUCCAGAUAUAAAAGGCACUUCUGACAGCUGGCAAGUAGCGUCCUUGAUUUACUACAGUAAUGACACAGGACCACAGAAUGCAGGAACACAUGUAGACGUUUAUAUGGACAUUAAUCCACCAGACUCACAAGAUUUAGUACUGGUGAGCUGGAUCCUGGAUAACACAUUUGGUAAUCCUUAUAGAGUAUGGAACCAGUAUGAUAAACCUGAUUAUCCUACUUUAGAACAGAUGAACGCCAUGAGAGCACUUGAGGGAGCGAGAGCUUUGUUUAAUAUCUCAGUGAAGACCGGGUACCAGUAUUUGGGAAAAUGGUUUUUACAGGAACCAGCAAUGCUGUUAAUACAUGUGUGUUCAAAGCCAUCCUAUCAACCAGAUCAGCCAAACAAUGUUAAUGUACAUAACAUAACUGCUGGACAAGUUCUAAUAACAUGGUCAGAUAAAUGUGUCAACUCAAGAUGUAUCCUUUCUUAUGAUAUACAAUAUUCCAAGACUGGUGAUCAGGGAUCAUAUAUUUCUAUAGUUCCUGAGGCGAGAAGAAAAACAACUACAUCAUUUGUUUAUACACCAUCUCCUAAACAAGGUGUGUCAGCUGAUGACCAAGUUGUAGGGUUUUACAGAGUUAGAGCUAUAGAUUAUUUCAUCAACUACAGUGAAUUCUCUUUACCAGCACAAUAUCCAGACAUGUAGUGGUCACGAAUUGAAGAGAUAUUUUGUUUUCCAUUUCUUUUGAGAAAAUUCGUUGAUGUAUAAUUCAGCUGUUACUUCGCCCAUGUAAAAGUUCUUCAUCAUAAUCAUGUUAUUUAUGAUUUAAAUGCAGACAGUAUUCAUCCUUAAAGAGUAAUGACUGAUGAGCUUGAAUAAUUGUAAUAUAA